UGUGUGGUUCAGCCAUGACACUGAAACUGUCCUGCUGUUGCUUCGUGCAGCGACUUCAACACAUAUUUUCAGUAUUUGCGGAGUCGAAUCCACAGCAGACUUGUUUUUCUGCUCAGUCUGUUUGCGGGCGUUUGAGUUGGACGUGUGAAGUUGUUUUCAUAUCUGUGACGUUUGGGACAUGGACACACCCGUCGACGUGGACGAUGAUGAACUCCUGGCCUACGAUGAACGGAUGAUGGUUCAGGAGUGGUGUGACAGAGGGGGCGAGCCGUGGAGGAGUGAAGCUCUGAAACUUGGAGCCAUUAUUGCACAUGGCGACCUGUCGGCGCUGCAGGAGCUCUGUGAUUUCCCAGCAGCCUUCAGUCAGAUGGAUGAGCACGGCUGGUAUCCUCUGCACCGGGCGGCCGUCCAGCCUCGGCCCGAGGUCCUGGAGACGGUGCUGUUCGCGUCCUGCAGCCUGACACUGGAGGAGACGACAGCAGACGGUGAGACCUUCCUGACGUUAGCAGUUACAGCUGGUUUGGUGGAAAACGUGAAGAUGCUGUUGGACCAUGGAGCUUCUCCCCAGACAACCAACAGCAGGAACGAGUCCCCUCUGCUUUUAGCAGCCGUCAGAGCCAGAUCUCCCCGGCUCGUGUCCUGUCUGAUCGCCGGAGGCGCUCGGGUGCAGCAGGUUUGCCUGAAGAAGUGGACGGCCGUGCACGAGGCCUCUCGAGCCGGCUGCGUUGGCGUGAUGGAGCUGCUGCUGCAGAACGGGGCUGUUCUUUCAGAGACGGACCAGCACGGGGUGACCCCUCUGGGCAUCGCUGCAGAGUACAGCCACGCGGACGUCCUGGAGCUCCUCAUCAGACACGGGGCCGAUGUGAACGCUCAGGCACCCAACGGCGACAGCGUGGUGUUCGACGCCGCAGGGUCGGGGAACCCGGACUGUGUGAGCAUCCUGCUGCAGCACGGGGCCAACCCCAACGUCCACAACCUGAGCUCACAGCUGCCCAUCCACCGGGCGGCGUACGAAGGACACUUCCUAAUUGUGAGGAUCUUAAUCCCGGUCACCACUCGACGGGCCCUGAGGCUGUCGGGUCAAAGUCCGGUGCACUCUGCUGCGGAUGGAGGCCAGGCUCGCUGCCUGGAGCUGCUGCUGCACAGAGGCUUCCAGGCCGACGCGCUGCUGGCUCCUCACGUCUCUGAGAACUACGGCGACAUGCGGAGGAGCGCCCUGUACUUCGCCGUCUCCAACGGGGAUGCGACGUGCACCGAGAUGCUGCUGAACCACGGAGCCCAGCCCGACCUGGACCCGCUGCGCUGCCUCCUGGUGGCGGUCCGGUCCGGCCGCUACGAGAUGGUGAAGCUGCUGCUGGCGGCCAGAGCUGACGUGAACUGUUACUUCACGGUGGUGAGCGACACGGAGUUCCCCACGGCGCUGCAGUACUGCCUGAAGGACGAGGUGAUGAUGAGGCUGCUGCUCAACAACGGCUACGACGCUGAGAAGUGUUUCCGCUGUAACCAUGGCGACGACUGGGACAAGCUGAGUGAGUCUGACUCCUCACAACAUCCCCAGGAAAGAGUUGCUUUCUGUGACUUUGUCAGCGUCUCGUGGCUGGUGAACCUCGUGGGCCAAGUCGUUUCUAUCCUCCUGGACUACGUCGGCCAGGUUUCCCUGUGCGGAAAACUGACAAAGCUCCUGGAGCAACACAGGGAGCGGCCCCACAUCCUCCGGACCACACGUUCCCCGCGCGCUCUGUCCCACCUGAGCAGGGUGGAGGUCAGGAAACACCUGAGCUGCAGCGACCUGCUGUCCCUCCAUCUGCCCAACAGGCUGAAGGACUACCUGCUGUUUAAAGACAGCGACCUGCGCUCCAACGACUGAGGAGAGGAUUUCUCCUCUGAUCCGUCAUCGUCUACUGGCUCGUGGAGGAACUGCAGCUGGUGAUGGGCCCGACCACAACACAGUCAUGAGCUGCUUUGUUUGGAAGUUGACAAGGUCUAUAUUUAAGCUCCUGACCUGCACGAAGAACAAGAACAUGGUUCCACAUCUGGCAGGUCACCAGAGACGCUGAUAACUGAAGGAAGGUCAUGUUGUUGUGAAUAGUGGACGCCGGCUGCAACACAGGCAGGUGUCGGAACCAACAGGUGCUAAUGUGUUAGUGUGCAGACAAUAAGAAACAGUAAAGGACUUAAUACCUGA